UCCGGUGGACGAUUGAAGAUGGCGCCGCAGCUGGGUGCGGGGGAAUGAGGGAGGCGGAGGGAAGGAAGGGGCUCUGCUCGGUGAUCGGACUGCAGGUGCUCAGUCGGAGAUUGGAUGAGAGUGGCUGAGGGCCCGGGGGAGUCCGAGGCAAGAGGAAGGCCACGUGGAAAAGGAGGGGAGAAGGGGGUUUCAACCACAAAAGGAGCCGCUCGUUCACCCCCUUGAACUGUGGGCGGGGGUGUUCAGACCAACUGGGAGGUUUUUAGUUUUUUUUAUUAUUUUAUUAAGGCAAAAGUAUAUAAAGUGAGAUGGCUUCGGCGUCUGGUAACAACGACGACGACCUGACCAUCCCCCGAGCGGCCAUCAAUAAAAUGAUCAAGGAGACGCUGCCGAACGUGCGGGUGGCGAACGAAGCCAGGGAGUUGGUGGUGAACUGCUGCACCGAGUUCAUUCACCUUAUUUCUUCGGAGGCCAACGAGAUCUGCAACAAGUCGGAGAAGAAAACCAUCUCCCCGGAGCACGUUAUCCAAGCCCUGGAAAGUCUUGGGUUUUGCUCGUACAUUAGUGAAGUGAAAGAAGUCUUGCAAGAGUGCAAAACAGUAGCACUAAAGAGGAGAAAAGCAAGCUCACGACUAGAGAACCUGGGCAUACCAGAAGAAGAAUUAUUAAGGCAACAACAGGAACUAUUUGCAAAAGCCAGACAGCAGCAGGCAGAAUUAGCCCAGCAGGAGUGGUUACAGAUGCAGCAAGCUGCUCAGCAAGCACAAUUAGCAGCAUCAGCCACGUCCAAUCCACUCAACAAAGCAGGAUCAUCGCAAGACGAAGAUGAAGAGGAUGAUGUUUAAACUUAACCAGCAAAUUUACUUUUACACAGAUGUCCUUUUACCGCACAUUAACAAUGACCUGGCCUGUCUGCAACUUUCAGCUUCAUUCACAACUUUGCAGACUGGUGUCAUUGAGAGUCAUUGGUCAAGUUACAACUGUCAUGAGUUUUCAUGUGUAACAACCAAUCACUUACAUUAUAUGUGGAAGUGCACAGGAUUGGAAGUUUUCAGAAUAUUAUAUUUACACAACGGGCAAUCAGAAUUGGGAGCACCAAAUCAAUGCAGUACUAUAAACGCUCCACAGCCUGUUUCUUGCAUCUUUCUGAAAAUCAGUAUUGUUAAUGCUCGUGAAUUGACAAUUAAUGCUUCAGUUUGUGUAACCAGUUGCUCUCCUACUGUUUAAUACUGAAAGCAAAUUUAUUGUGGCUUAUUUAAGUUUGCAAUUGAAAUGUUUUUUAAUGUGCGACUUGUAACUAGGGUGAAACUGACUUUUAAAAAAAGAAGUUAACCUACCCUUGGUUCAUUUUUUUUAAAAUGAGUCUGACGGAGUUGACAGAAUUUUAAAGAGUAACAUUAUUAACUUUGAUAAAACCAUCAGAUCGAUAGUAGGCUAUUUAGUCUUAAUUUUACGUGGCAUAUGUCCUUGCUUCAUGGUUAGUUUUAACUCCUAGUUGUAAUGUAAGCUCUCUUUUCCAGAAGGGUUGAAAACAAAACAUGUUUUUGCAGCAGUUACAGUACCAGAGUGAAUUUGGUAUU